GGGGGUCACCCAGGAAUCCCUCAAAGCUGCUCUCCAGGAAAAAAGAAAUGUUAUACGAUUUUGUUUGUACCUCGUGUACCGGAUAGUAUCAGCUCGUGAGGUCGUUCUCUUGUGGUCGAUUCGUUGUUUUUUUAAGAAGAUGCCGUCACGGGGGAGAAAAGUGAAGCAGAUUAUGUCGGAAAUAGACAGUUUGAAAGAACAAGACGAGUGGUAGGAAUCAGCGACACCAACAGCGAAGAGCUCAAUUAAGUGCCGAUAUUUUUUCAAUUGAUUUGUCUUCUUUCUUCCUUUUUCUUCUUUUUUUGUUUAUCUGUUAUCUGACCAAUAUGUUCAUGGACAACAGGCUGUGAAGUAAAAGUUUUCAUUUUUUGUUACAUGGAGCAAAUGGUGUUCCCUAAUUGCUCCAUAUAAUCUGCUACAGGCUAUACAUUGAAACCAAAGGAGAUUUACAAGCUGCAUUCCUGGUUAAACACGCAGCUCAUUGAAAGGCGUUUUUACUCAUUUUAGUCUUAUCGAACAAAAAAAAAAUCCGAAAACACGACGAGGGUUGAACUUUGCGCAGGGGCGAGUUCCCGUUUCAUUUGCUUGAGAUUUUGCUCAUCAAAGACAGUAGCAACGGGUCUGUCUCAAAACUCCGGAGAGCUAGGAUAUAUGAAGAUCGCCACAUAGUUGGUUGUCUCUCGCAGAAAUGCCAGUGCGUGCUGUGACCACCAGGUUCAUGUACAAGGGACUUUGCACUAUUGAAGAUGUCCUCACCUACCGGACCCCUGUUAUCCUGCCUGAGGAUGAGGUGGAAGAGAUCCGUGAAGCUUUCAAAGUAUUUGACCGUGAUGGGAACGGCUUCAUCUCAAAGCAGGAAUUGGGGACGGCCAUGCGCUCACUGGGCUACAUGCCCAAUGAGGUGGAGCUGGAGGUCAUCAUCCAAAGACUUGAUAUAGAUGGUGACGGUCAAGUUGGCUUUGAUGAAUUUGUCACAUUGCUCGGUCCUAAACUCUCUGCUGCUGGAAUGCCUGAUAAGUUCCAUGGAGCAGACUUUGAUUCAGUGUUUUGGAAGUGUGACAUGCAGAAACUGACUGUGGAUGAGCUGAAGAGACUGCUUUACGACACUUUCCGGGACCAUCUCACCAUGAAAGACAUUGAGAACAUCAUCAUGACUGAGGAGAAGCACCUAAACAGUACAGACUCCCAUGUGGACAUUGACACAAGCCCAACUCAACAGGAAAAACACACAUGUGUGCGUAAAAGCCUGAUUUGUGCCUUCGCCAUUGCAUUCAUCAUCAGCGUUAUGCUGAUAGCAGCAAAUCAAAUGUUGCGCAGAGGAAUGAAAUAAAUGCUACACCAGCUGGUUACAAAGGAAUUUAAGGAAGGAAAAUGGAAAUUUAAACAUUCACCAAAAAUACUGUUUUUGGUUUUGCUCAAUGUUUUCAUGGCCGACGAUGAUUCUGUCACAGCUUCUCUCGAUAACGGACUAAAUGAUGUCAUGCAGUGGGUUUGUAUGACCACAACUAAAAGCAUAAAGGUGAAAAUUUAAAGAAAAACAUUUCAAGGGCUGAUUAGUAUUCAAAAGAAGAGUAUGUCAUUAAUUCAGAAUUAUGAUGUUUUUUAAGAAAUUAGAUAGAGGAAAGCAGACUGUAGAAGUACGUGCUGUAGUAGGCUAAUAGCUGUGCUGUAUCUAAUAUAUCAAAACAUAAUACUGUUGUUGACUAGAACUCUAGCUGCCAUUUGGAAUGCACCCAAUUCUGAUAUAACUGAUGAUAGUAAUAAAGCAAUACAAACAUGUUCAUGGGCUGCAUAUUAAGUAGCUUUAAAUCACUUACAAAAACAUAACAAUAGAUGACUGGUUUCUGCAAAAUGUGUCUCUUUUAAGUCUACAUCUGUGUCUAAGAUUUCCAGUCCAGACGUCCAACUCACAUCCAGUUUAACAUACUCUGCUGACCUCGCAUCAUCUGUAAUCUAAACCUCAACAAAAUAGUGACGAAUUAUAAACGCAAAUCUGUUAAAUGGAGUAUUUAAAAUAUUCUGCAACAUAUUAGCCAUGCUAGCGGUACGGCUCUAAUGAUGGCAAUAUCUGUCUGUCAGUUCAUCACUUUGACCCAGUCUGAAAUAUCUCAGAAACAGUUGCAUGGAACGACAUGACAUUUUGAACAGACGCUCAUUAUUCCCAGAGAAUGAAUUGUACUGACACCAGUGAUCCCCUGAACUUUCCUGUAAUGCCACCAGCAGAUCAAAGUUUUCACUUAUCAUAAACUGUGCUACAGGCAUUAAUGGUUCCCUAAGGAUGUUUCCCAAUGACUUUGGCGAUCCCCUGAAUUCUCGUCUUGCAACAAUCAAAUGAACCUCAGCUUUAAUCUGUGGUUUGUGCUAGUUAGCAAAUGUUAGCAUGCUAGCACACUAAGCUUAGAUGGAGAGCAUGGUAAACAUUAUACCUACUAAACAUAAGCAUGGUAGUAUUGUCAUUGUUAGUGUGCUGCCAUGCUGACUUUAGCAUUUAGCUCUAAGCACUGCUGUGGCUCACAGAGCUGCUAGCGUGGCUGUAGACUAUUGCUAAGAUAUUGUGAAGCUGCAAACAGCUUUAGGACAACACGCAGAGGGUUUCGGGAAAUCAUGCUAAUCUGGUGCACUGCUUUGUUAUUUUCGUUAGAUGCUACAAACAAACUGUGAACACAUAUUUUGUAAAAAGAUCAUGUUAUUAUCCAACAAGUCCUAGCUCACCUUAAACAGAGGAGGUUCGUUAAUGCACGGACCAAAGGGAUAUCAUUUAAAAACAAAGACAUGAAAACAAUAAAAAUCAAUUUCCCAAAGUUUCCCAUUUCCCAAACCAUGAAAAUGACAGCACAGCAAUUGGAAUAAACUGGUGAAAUACGCACAGGAACACACUGGACAGUGCUGCUGAAAUGGUUGAAUGACUUGAGGACACAACCUUUGACCCUCAAACACAUGUUGUGUACUCAAGUCAGCUGAUCCAAUGGGCCUUUUCUCAAAGGUCUUUUUUCUCAAAUGAACUGGUUUGUUUUAAAGCUCAGAUGGAGCCUUGGUGAGUGGUUUGUCACUCAAACCACUGUUUUCCAAGCAAAAAUGUAGAUUUUAGAAUUAAACUGAAGUGAACAGUAAUGUCCAAAUAAAAAGCAGAACACAUAAGGAAAUCACAAAUUCCCUCUAAGAAAUAUCAGACAACAUUAUGCGCAUGGGUAUGUAUUCAAAAAGCCCAGACUUCAAGAAAAAUGAUGAUCACACAACUCGUAAAACAUGUGUUUCAUACUUACAGUCUGCCAGCGAUGCCUGCACAAUGCUACAUAUUUAAAUGAUGUGCACCUAGGCACCAAAGUGAGUCACAAUAAUGAGUCACAGAGACACAAGACAAGACAAAAGCUCUGCUGUAUGACCGGAGUUACCAGCUGGGAUUGAACCAUGGAAAGCUUAGAAUCUUUGACGAAACUGACUAAUAUUUAAAGCAAAUGAAAAUGAAGGAUGUUCAUUUCACAUGAAACACACUUGCAUGUGCAUUAAACUAGAAAUAUGUGUGUUCUAUGUGCGUGAGAUCAAAUUUUGAACGCUAGUAUAUGUACUCAAAUAAUUAUGCAAUUUGUAUAGUAAUUAAUCAAAAAUAAGCAGAAUUUUACAUGUUCCUGUAAAUGUCUAUUUUUGUGGACGUGCAGACAAUAUCAAAACACUAAAUACUUUGAAGUAUGCUGUGAAAAAUAAUUUAACAUAUCAUGAAAAAUGUUGUUUUCUGGCUUUGACAUGGACCACCAAACAACAUAGUGUUUAAAGUAUAACAUGAUUAUAUUUUCUUACUUAAAGAAAAUAAAGUGAUACAUUCAAUCUAUGUGUUUUUAUUAUGAAUGUAAGCAUAAUGUUUUGUAUAAAACAAACAAUACAAAAGAUGUACAAAAAAAAUGAUUUCCAGGUUGACUGGACAUUCAGAUACAAGUUCUUGUGUGUAUUAAUGCCAUGCACUUACAUUAACUUUUCUGAUUUGUUAAGAUUCAUUUUUCAGAAUUUUUUCUUUAAGAAAUAUUAUAAACAAAAUGCUAUAUAUUUUUUCUUGCUCUUUUUAUCUUAAAGUUUAUCACAAGAGGAAACAGAUAAUAUCAUUCUGGCAAUAAAACUGACAUUUUAUCUCGUACAUAGUAGCUGUUUAUGUAUGAACUACUUAUAUGACAUCACAUUACCUCUUCAUGUGAACAUAUCAAGGUAUGGGUUUUAUGUGAAUGUAAAAUCUAGUUAUUGUGUCAAAUAUUGUCUUAAGACAUAUAAGCAAUUGCUGUGUCCUAUUCUGUAUGUUACAGUGCUUUAAUGAGCAGAUUUAUGUGCACUCUGUUGACGGAUUGUCUUAAUUGUUGUUAUUGAUUUGAUUUGGACUGUGGAUGUCUUCUGUCCUGUGCCUUUGUCAUUCAGAGUAAAAACUGCACUUUCAUGCCUUGACUUAAAAGUAACGUAAGAAAGAUUUUCAGAAAGAAGGGAAAUCAAUUUUACAAAAGCAUCAGUUUUGACAAAAAAUGAAUCUGAUGCUAAAUUUAUUUUUGAACUGAAAUGACUUAACAGUAAUCCAAGUACCAAUAAGCAUUAAUGUAUUAUCGUUCUCUCUCCCUGAUAAAGGUCCCUCUAACCUUCCUCUUACCAUUUGUAUCAUCCUGCUGUGUGACAUUACUCGUAAUCGUAUUGUCUAGUUUGGGAAUAGCCGGCGCUGUUUCAUUUCUGUAGCUGUUAAUGCACAUUUAGAGGUUAAUGCAUCUAUUGUACACUAAUGUAAGCGGUGUCUAGAUGCAUGUAAUCCAAUAAAAACUAAGGCAUUAAAAAGGAGUUUGCUAUUUGUUUGUU